GCAUCAUUUGCCGCCCCUCCCUCUGGUUCAUCCACACCAACAGCGCACAACUAAGGACGGCCAGAGGAUUUUCUAAUAUCAGUGAUAUCCUUGAGACAGUGGUGUUGGUGAACCCAUCAGAAGAGGCUGUUUCUUCAGAGGUCCAUUCUCUGAUCACUGACUUGCCUGGAAAUAAACUGUUGACACUGAGUGGGCAGAUCUCUGAGGAGGGAGGUGACAUCCUUCCACAAGGUGGGGCAUUCACUUGGCAACACUUCUCCGAUAUCAUCUUCAGCACUCAAGUGGUAGCAGUCCUUUCCAGGGCCUCUCCACAGCAGCCAACAAGUCUUACUGUUUCCUGUCAAGUAGACGGAGGCUGGAGCUUCCUGGGCCAAAGACAAGAGCAGCAUCUGUUUCAAAAUAUUCUGCAAUACCGCUUGAACCCUGAGCCUCACCUGGCCAACAUGGAAGGAGUGACAGAAUUUACAGAGUACGUCUCAGAGACAGUCGAUGUACCCACACCAUUUGACCUUCUAGAGCCCCCGACUUCUGGAGGAUUUCUGAAACUGUCCAAACCUUGCUGCUACAUCUUUCCUGGAGGAAGAGGAGACUCUGCUUUGUUUGCUGUCAAUGGGUUUAACAUCCUGGUGGAUGGCGGGUCGGACAGAAAGUCUUGCUUCUGGAAACUGGUUCGCCACCUUGACAGGAUUGACUCGCUUCUGCUUACCCAUAUUGGGGCAGACAACCUUCCUGGUAUCAAUGGCUUGUUCCAGAGAAAGAUUGCAGAGCUGGAGGAGGAAGGCAAUCAUGGAUCUGGUUCGAGCAGCAGUGGUGAGUCAAUGAAGAACCUAAUAUCCCCUGAGCUUGGGAUUGUAUUUUUGAACGUCCCUGAGAAGCUUCGGAUUCCAGAGUCCACUCUAAAAGUGAAACGAAGCAUUGAGGAAGUAUCUCUUACACUGCAGUACCUCAACAAGCUAGGGAUCACACCUGAACCACUUCACAGGACAGUAAGUAACACCAUUGAACCCAUCACACUCUUUCAUAAACUUGGAGUGGGAAAGUUAGACAUGUAUGUGCUAAACCCUGUUAAGGAGAGCAAAGAGAUGCAGUUUCUUAUGCAAAAAUGGUCUGGGAACAGCAAAGCCAAGACUGGUAUUCUGAUGUCUAAUGGAAAAGAAGGAGAAAUAUCUGUUCCCUAUUUGACAUCAGUUACUGCUCUUAUUGUUUGGAUUCCUCACCGUCCUACAGAAAAGAUCAUUAGGGUUCUCUUUCCUGGAAACGCACCACAGAGUAAAAUCUUUGAGGGCCUUGAGAAGCUGAAACACCUUGACUUUCUGCGAUACCCAGUAGCUACUCAAAAAGACAUAUCAUCUGGUGCACCGCUGCCCAUUAUUAAACAGACUAAAAUGAAAUCAAGAACUGACAGCAAAGAGAGUCUCAAAACAUCACCAAAACCAAACUCAAAAACAGCCAAGAAAGAAACUGUUGGUCAAGAAGAAGAGUCCAAGAGUGAAACUACUAAAGAGAAUAAAGUGGAAAAGAAAGAGGAGAAAAAACUGAAAAGUCAAAGUCUAAAGGCCACCAAACAACAGAAAAAUAGUGAGGUUGCUCCUGUGACAGGAAAAUCAGAGAAGAAGAAAAUAUCUCAUGAGAAAAGUAGCAAAAUGGACAAAGUGUCCAGAAUGGAUGAAAAGAAGGAUAAGGAGAAGAAGGAAAUUAAUAAAGACAAAGUAAAAAAAGAUGAAAAUAUUAGAAAAGAAGAAAAGAAGGAAAACAAGGAGCUCAUAAAGAAGGAUACAAAUAAGACAGAACUGAGAAAGAUGACAAAACCUGACCUAAAGCCACUCACCCCUGAAGUCAGAAAAACUUUACACAAAGUCAAGACUCAGACCAAAACCAAGACAGAAAAAAAUACAGUCAGUAAGGAGCAUGCAACUGGUAAGAAGAAAGUCCCUGAGAACCUCCAUGAAGAGGUCAGAGCAGCAGCUCUUGCAGACAGGUCCAUUGCGUCUUCCCCCGAGGACCUUACUGACGACUUUGAGGCUCUGAAAAGAGAAGAGCUGUCCAAACCCAAGACCGACGCUACCCAGAUAUCUGAGGUGUCAGUUCACAAAGACACUAAAGUUUCUAUGUCAUUUUCUCCUGAUGAUAAAAUUACACCAUUGGGUACUAAUACAGCGAAUGUUUCAUCCACAUUCAAAACAGACAACACAGACAGGAAAACUUCAGAACAAAUUAAAUCUAAAAAAAAAGAUUCAAACAGGAAACAAGAGGACACGACUUUUGAAGAUUAUGACAAAUAUUCUGCGAAGGAUCACCUAAAAGACAUAUCAAAGAAGAGUGAUAGCUCAGAGGAUGAUGAUGAUGUAAUUGAAAAAGCUGAGCUUGAAGGAACUGAAGAUGAUGCAUUUAUCAAGUAUAAAACACAGGAGAUAAAAAAAGAAAGCACCGCAAAAGAAUUGGAAAACAAAAUAACUCCACAACUGACCUCAUCCACUGCAGCAAUGCCUGGACAAGGAGUAGUAACAUCGGCCUCAGAACAGUUCUCCUUUAUCCAAGAUGAAACCAUCCCUGGUUACUCUGAGACUGAACAGACCAUUUCUGAUGAGGAGAGCCAUGAUGAUACAGAAGAAAGAAUGCCACAGUUACGAUUAAGUGUAGGAUGUCAUGACAUCUCAGUCCCUGAUGCCCCUCAAACUUUUGAUUCUAUGCACAGUAUGAAAGAGAUAAAAAACUUUGCUGUGUCUGAUGUUGUGGAUGUCAAAACCAAAGCCCUCAUGGGAGGUCAGGAGUCGGAGAUAGCAAUUUACCCUGCUGUCAUUGCGGCUCCUCUUGCAGAGGAGGAACACAUAUCGUCAGCCACAUCCAUAACAGAAUAUGACAAGAUGUCUUCAUUCGCCACAUCUGUAGCUGAAGACCAGUCCAUAGCAUCUGUUACAGCCCCUCAGACUGAAGAAGUUGGAAGGAACUCUCUCCUUGAUACCAUCAACAAUGUACCCUCACAUACAGAAGGCACCCAAGGAAAGGAAUAUCUCCAUUCUGCAGGUACCAUUUCACCCACUUCCUCUCUGGAAGACGACAAAUGUUUUAAGUCUCCCUCCUCUGAUGAAUACCAACCCAAUAUACAUGAGUUGGAGAGUGAUUGCAAGGGCAAUGCAGCUCAUGAUGAAGAUGAUGAUGAAGAAGACGAAGAUGAGGAUCAGACUCCAAAUGUUGAUAUCCCACUGGGUAAACUCCAAGAGGGCUAUGAACAUGCAGCAACCAUGCUGCUCAGGAAGAAAGAGAACUCUCCUCCUCCCACUAUUUCUCCUGUCUUCUCUGCCAAGCAGCACGCUCCCACACAGGUUGUCAGCGAAAAACUGUCUCCAUUUAGUACAGGUGGAUUCGUGAUCAGCACUGGAAUACGACCUGUAUCGCCAACUCUAACUCUCACCACUGGAAUGGAGUCCCACUCCACAGAAGACAGUGAAGACAGAUGUCCAAGUCCAGAUGACAGCACUAUGAAACUGGCUUCACCCACACAGUCAGUGCCUACAAGCAGUGGCUACUCUCCAGCAGAGGAAAAGCUCUUAACGAGAGGAGAGAAAAAUGAAGCAGUGUCAAACUUGAAAUGCGACACUCACAAUGUCGAGAAGUCAGUCACUAUUUCCGAUAAUUCAUCCUUCAUUGGAAUGCCAGGUGACAAAACAAUGUUAGAGGCAUCAGAAGAAUCUGAAGAGAGUUUGGAUGAAGAUGACUAUUACACAAAAAAGGAUCUUCAGCCAGCUAUUAAGGCUAAACUUAUGGAGGCAAAAGAAGGGUGCUUCCUGGAUGAUGAUGUAACAAAUGAGGCAAAGAUCUCCAAGAUAAACGUAGACCUUGAAAGCUUAGAAAAGUCUCCAAAGGCGGAUGAGAAACAUAAGCCUCAAGUCAUAUACUCGGAUGAGGAUGAAACAGAUAAUUUCCCAACUGGAUUAGAAUCAAGCAAAAUGUGUCAAGAAAGUGCUGAAAAACCAAAUAUGUCUCUCACAGGGCCUGAGAAAAGUGUUCAAUUUAGUAUCUGUGAUUUCCCAGAGAAGGAGACCAAAGAGAAAGCCAUCUAUAUAAGACAAGACACACCUUAUGUGCAUGGCAAAACAUUCUCUUACGGUGACAUUUAUGAUAGCAAACCAAGUUCUGUGGAAUCAGAUUCAUUUCAUCAAGAGUCCUUAGAUGAGGUGGAGAAAGAAAUUUCAAGGGAUGAAAUGGGUUUGCCACGAUACCCUGUAACAGCGAGAGAUAAGAUGUCAGAAAACAUUGCAUCUUCUACUUCUUUAUCGUCGGAAAUGGAUCCUUUGUCCUUUCCAAUGCAACCUGACCAGCUAAACGCCUCAACUUAUUCCUCAAUGACAGCAUUCAAUGUUGCCAAAGCUGCUGACACUGACAGUAAGGAUCAGGGUGCAUGUUUGGAGAUUGAUAUGCGGCAAAUUACAGCUAGAGAUGAGGAAGACAACGAUGAUGAUGAUGAUAAUGAUGAGGAGGAUGAAGAUGAAGAAGUUGAGGAUGAAGAUGAAGACGAAGAAGUUGAGGAUGAUAAAGGUGGUGUUGAUUCUGAUAUGGAGAAAGGUGCCAAAGAGAAGUUUGAAAAGGAAGUAAAAUGUCCUGAAAGUGAAUUGUUUAGCACAAUUAAGCCUGAAUUUAUGGUUUCCAUGGCUGGAUAUGGCUUUAACAGUCAGGGCAAGUCGGGUGUGAAAGAAAACCUUUCCAGCUCACGCACAAACGUAGCAGAUGACGAUAUGGCAGACAUCUUAUUCUUGAAUGGAAAGUCAAAUGGGGGGUCGACAGGUUUCUGUGGCUACUCCACAGAGUUACACCCUUAUGGAGGAGAACAUAAGAAAUCACUUCUGCUGAGUCAGACCACGGACAAAGGAAAAGAGGAAAUUACCUUGAAGUCGUCAGAGAGAGGUUUUGACCAGAAUGAUGGAGGUGAUCCUGAUUUUGAGAAACCUCAGUCCCCAGACCACCUAAGCAAAAUACCACCAGACACAAGCUUUCAGUACACGACCACUGCUGCCCCUGGAUAUUCCUCUUCCUCUGCCUAUAGUUACUCCUCUUCUACGUCAGGCUCCUUCUCAACCAGCCGUCAGCUUGGAGAAGAGCUGGAGACACCUGCCUCAGCCGAGCCACUGUUUGAGUAUUCCUCCUUUAAAGAAGAACACUCUCCAGUCAUAGACUCUCCCUUCUCCACUUUAACUGGCACCAAAGAUGAUUGUCUUGAAGUAUCUGAGAAACAGAUCACUGGUACAACCACAGCUGAGUCUACCUCUAGCUUUGCCCACUUUUCACCCAUGAGCCCAUUUGAGGAGGUCAAACCCUUCCCUUUACAUUCCAUUGCUUCUCCUGAAGACAAAAAGGAACACACAUCUUUAUGUAGCUUCAUGGAUAAACACCCUCAAUCAGACUGCUUCUAUAAGCCUGAGUGGUCUGAGGUAUCAACUUUGAAAUCUGCAAAGGACUUUGGGCACUCACUAACCAUGCACUCUCAAGAAACAGCACUCUCAGUUGAUAAAGAGGCAGCCAGUGCUGCUCUGUUCUGUGUCACUUCUUCACCACGGCCGGACACUGAAGGGAAGCAUUACUUUGAGGAGAGUGACAGUAGCGAAGAAGAGGAUGAGGUAGAUUAUAUGCAGGAAAUGACUCGAAUAUCACCCUCAAGUGGUCUCACUGGUACAUUGACAUUUUCUGACAAGCCAGUUUCUUCAGCUGAAGGUGAAAAGACAAGCAGUGCUGAUGUUCUUGGCUCAUACAUGUCCUCACCACUUCAAGCCAGCAAGCCAGACCCAACCAAUGGAACCACAGAUGUCAGUGCAAGCUCAACCCUCCCUGCUGGAGCUUCAGCUAGUGGUGCAGUUCCAGGUACAGAUAGGGUAGAGUCUAAAGAGGGUGCCGGAGGCUACAGGAGCUCCUAUGAAUGGGAAAUGUCCAAGUCUCAGAGAGGCAGGAUGCCUGGUGACUCCCCUCCCCAUUAUCGUCAUGAUGAUGAGUUUGAAGAGGAGUGUGAAAUGGAGCCAGAGCACCCAGCACGCCCACUUUCUCUCUCAUCGACUAAUCAGCCAUUUCACUCUCCGUUCUAUGCUGAUGAGUGCAGCCGACAAGGGCAGGAUGACUUUGAUGAUGAGGAUGAUGAUGACAGUGAUCAGGAUAUUGCUGGCAAAGCACCCACAGGAGCAGCCUCUCCAUAUGCAGGCCACACCUCUCCAGGAUAUUCAUCCUGUGAGUACAAACAGCGUAAAACUGACCUUUCACCUUCCUUUAUCAACCCAUGCAUGCAGCAGCUAUGUAGUGAUGAAGAUGAUGAAGCGCAAGGACAUCAAAGUGAGCAGUCGCAGGAGGGAGAUGAAAAUGACAUGUCAGUUAAGAAAAGCACUCACAAGCACCCCCACAUUCUUCAGUCCCACAGCAGUUCUUUCCAUCAAGCCAGUGACAUGUCAGCAGCGUUGGGUCUAGCAACAGAAGACACACCACCCACUUCUAUAACCGAGUCCCUCCCCUCUCAGUCAGACUCUGAAGUGCCUCCAGGCACAGAAGAGUACCCGUCAUUCACUGGUGAAGGCAACAUUGAUUCAGAUGAGGAUGCAGACUGUAUGCCUAUUGACAAAAUAUCUUCCACAGGAGAAGGCAGUCAUCACCCUGCCUCCUGGAAGAGCCAUGACCCACUUCCCACACCUCAAAAGGACCCCUACCCCCACCCUCCUCACCCUGAUGUGUGCAUGGUGGAUCCUUACUCUUUGGGUAAUGCCUCAGUUAAGAAAGAGCCUAAAGCUAAAGGCUUGAAGAAAACUUCUGGGAAAACCAAAUCUGCGUCCCCAGCCAGGCGCAAGAAGUCCCCCUUGCCUGUCAAACAGACAUCAUCUCCUCGCAGUGUGUCACUGAAAAGGAAGGAAGCAGACAAGAGUUCACGCAUGUCUCGCCUGUCUGAUGGGCAAGGCUCAAAGGAUGAUGAUCUCUCAAGGUCAAGUUACAACCCUGGCAAGGGGCUGACCAACGGUAGCAAGAGCAGUUUGGGCUCGCAAAAGGCUGGUUGUACAGCUCCUAUUUAUGUUGACAUGGCCUACAUUCCCAAUCACUGCAGUGCCAAGAAUAUUGAUCAAGAAUUUUUCAAACGCAUACGCUCUGCAUACUAUGUGGUGAGCGGGAAUGAUGCUGCAAGUGGUGAACCAAGCCGAGCCGUUCUCGAUGCACUGCUGGAUGGCAAAGCUCAAUGGGGGACAAAUCUUCAGGUGACGCUGAUCCCGACUCACGACACAGAAGUCACUCGUGAGUGGUACCAGCAGACACACGAGCGACAGCAGGAGCUUAACAUCAUGGUCCUGGCCUCCAGCAGCACUGUGGUCAUGCAGGAUGAAUCUUUCCCCGCCUGCAAGAUUGAGUUUUAGGAAUGCUGUCACAUGCCUGGCCUCCAUACUCUUAGAAUAACUCUUUUCUCAAGUUUGAUUAAUGUGUUUUUGUCCAUUUUGCGGUGAUUUUACAGAAAUACUAAACAGAAUUUAAUUUCAUUUAAUUCAGUUUUAAAAAAAUGUUUACUAUUCAUUAAGCUUGUUGUGACUUUCACUGUUUACAACAAUUACAGUAUGUCCUCCUGACAUUAUCAUUCCAGUGUUCUAUUUAAGACAAAGUGGAUGUCAGUGUCCUUACACAAGUUUUGAAACAAUAGGAGAAAAGGCAAAUAGGCAGUUUCUGUCAAGAAUUUUUAGUUGCUAUUCCUUCAUUUGGCUUACAUCUAUAUACAUCCUUGCGCACCAAAGGCCAAUUUGAAUUGCUGUCCUCCCCAGUAUCUCAGUUUUAGUUCUUUUGCUGUACAGCUAAUCAGAAUGAAAUAUUGUGCUGGUAGAAAAUUGCUAUUGUGAUCAGUUUCCUCACUGUGAUGACAGUUUCAGUGUUUGAAUUUUGUGCCUCCGAUUGAAAUAUAGAAUAAUAUUGGAGAGGCCACAGUGUCCCUUCAAUGUCUUUCAACUAUAUUUGCUGUAGCAUAGGAAAGAUCUUAAUCAAACGUCCAUAUUGUUGUGAACUAUUUCUUUGAUGAAAAUCACCUGUUACGGUUAGUACUGAUGUGGAUUUGACCAAUAAUUUCUAAGUAUAUUUCUGCUGUAGUCUUUGAGGUUUCCCCCUCGUUUAUAUGUUGUUGAUAUGCUGUUGCAGAAAACUGAAGAGAAGGGUAGGCAGAUGUGAUGUCUACAGAAAUGGUCGUCCAAUCCGAGACGUUCUCUCUUUAUAAAGAGCAGCACGUUGUACAUCUGAAGGAAGAAGUUAAACCUCAUAUCAGCUGCUGCAUCUUAAUCAGCUUUUUCCAAAGCUGCAUCCAAGAAUGAAGAAUGUACGACAAUAGAGCAGUGAUUUCCAACCUUUCUGGAGCCAAGGCACACAUUUUACAAUUGAAAAAUCUCACGGCACACCAACAAACAAAAAUAUCACAAAAAGUGAAAACAUUAAUUACUGUAUGUAUUUCCUCCCAUCUAAUAGAAGAGCAUUUAUUUGUUCUGUCUGUCACUAUUCCUCACUGGCAUAAAUAGAUGAACAAAGAUACAUUAUUUCUUGUAACUAAAUAAUUUUUCGAGCAAUUAUGUAAAAUGUUAUAAUUUCCCAUGGCACACUAAUUUGCCCAGGCACACUGGUUGAGAAUCACUGCAAUAGAGGGAGAGGUUGUGUUUGCACAUUGGACAAGAUGUGGGCUGGUGUGAUUGGUGGUAAAGGUAAGACCCACGUGCCUUUUAGUUCUGAUGUGCUAGAGGGUGGAAGGGGAGAAAUGCGUAUUUGUUAUUGAGACUGAACAGUUGCUUAGUGCAAGAGAUUUUGAUGAGCUGGUCUCAAUAGUUUUUGUGAGUUUUGUCCGUGACGUGAAUGCACAAAAAGCGAAGAUUCAUGUUUUGCAAGUAGAGCACUUUCGAAAGCAUCAAAUCAGAGUUUCAGUGAUUGAUUUCCACAAACUGCCAGUUUUAAAAAAUAAGCACAAAUAACAACCAGUAUACAAAAGUAAAAGCAGUUUUUCCUAUUUACUUUAACAAGAAAGAAAUGUAAUGAUUUGAAAAUCCUUUUCAAUAGGUUGAAAUUAUUUGUUUUUGAACAGAAACAUUUAGACAUGAUUUUAUUCUAUUUUUAAAAGUAUACGGGUCAUUUUCAUUGAAUUUGAUCGUUAACGUUAAAGACACACACAAAAUUUAAUUUAUCGGUUUUUUUAUGCUGCCUUGGGUUUAUAUGGGUAAAUGUCUCUGAAACAGCCACGCUUAAAGCCCAAAUUUCAAAAGGUUAUUGAUUUAACAUUUUAGGCAUUCAUAGUAAAGGUAAUCCUUAUUGACAGAGCAAAUGGUGGUGGCCCAUUGAAACACACUUCUUUUUAUAACGGUAAAGGAAAACGUGCAUAACGAUAAAGACAUGAACAGCUUCGUAAAAAUCGUGUGAAUUGCACAAUUUAGGUGUUGACCUUCAAACUCUUCAGAUACAAGUGCAUGAAUUAUCCUAACUACUCAUUACACUCUUUAAAGGUAAAGACAUGCAAUAGUUCCAAAACGUUCACAAAUUCAUGCCUGUGUAUAUUCUCACGCAUCCAGGUCAUUUCAUUCUCAGGGCAUUGAACUGAUCACAACUGCACUGUUCUGUUUGUCUUAGAAAACGUUUCGCCUCUCAUCCGAGCAGGCUUCAUCAAUUCAUGCAACAAGGCUUAGUUAGGACACACUAGCACUAAUGGGCUAGUAGAGCAAAGCAAAGCAAAUUCAUUUAUAUAGCGCAUGCAAUGUGCUUUGCAUGAUAAAAAGCAUUUAAAAACAAAGAAAAAACAGCUUAUAAACAUUUAAAACAAAGAGGAAAAAAUGACAUAAAAAUACAAUUAAAACAGCAUACAGUGCAAGAAAUAUCAUUUAAAAGUGGAAAUGCUCUAAAAAGCAUGAGAAAAAAGGAGUUUUUAACCUGGACUUAAAAACAUGUACUCUGACAUCACUUCUGCUGGCAACUUAGGCCAUUUGUGUGCAGCAUAAUAGCUAAAUGCUGCUUCACCAUAUUUGGACUCUGUGCUCCACUAUUUGACCUGAGUCUGUCGAUCUCAGAGCCCUACUGGGUUUAUAUCCCAUUAGCAUUUCAUUCAUGUAUUCAGGACAUAAACCGUUUAGUGAUUUAUAGACCAGUAGCAGAACUUUAAAAUCUAUUCUAAAGCUGACUGGAAGCCAGUGUAAAGACUUUAGAAUUGGAGUAAUAUGUGCUGGUCAGAACCCGAGCCGCAGCAUUCUGAAUGAGCUGCAGCUGUUUAAUGCUUUUUAGGGAGUUCAGUCAGAAGACCAUUACAAUAGUCAAGUCUAAUUGAGAUAAAUGCAUGGAUGAGCUUCUCCUGGUCUGCUUGACACAUGCAAGCCUUCACUCUGUAGUAGUGUAAAUUAUCCUAACAACGCCAGAACUACCGGGCUUGCGCGUCCUAAUUGAGCCUUGUUGCUUGAAUUGAUGAAACCUGCUCGGAUGAGAGGAGUAAUGUUUUCUAAGACAAACAGAACAGUCAAGUUGCGAUCGGUUCACAAAUUCAUAUAUAUUCUUUCAUAUCACCAUUUACUUUGCUGGCUGCUAUUGUGUGAAUGCAAAAUGACUGCCUUAUCUUGGUGCUUCAGCUCACAGAUCCCUCUGGUGUAUUGUAACAACAUAAUGAGGCUCUCUCCAGUGGUAUUAUUGGUAAAGACAGCUUGAGUAAAAGAGGACCAUUUGUAAAAGACCCCCCCCCCCCC